AUGAGCUCCAAUCCCGAGACGAAACCUCAGGGGGCUGUGCAGCCCCAGGGCGAGGGUGCUCCUAUUAUCAACUAUCCUUCUGAGACCAGGCCGCAGGGUGCAACGACACUGCAAAAACAGCCCUCGGUCUCCUUUCAGGUGCCGCCGCGCAACUUUGCUCCGCGUAACGCACAGUCGCUCGAGUCCAUGAAGACCGCCAACUCGGGCGGAGACGAGGCCCAAGCAUCGGGUGCCAAUCUUCAUCGCGCGGGCAGCGCUAACUUUGGCGGCCGCGAUCCCGAGACGGGCCUGUCGCACUCGGCGAGUUUCCGCCGGAAAAAGUCGCUCGUGCGCCCUGAGCGUGAGCGUAUGGACCCUUCGCAUCGCCAGUGGUUCUACCGCAACCAUGCCGCGCAGAUGGACAUGCAGCAUGGCCGCUCCAAUGUCGGCUACAUGCCGUCCUCGACCGGACACAUGCCGCACCAUGGCGCUGCGCCUCACAGCACGGCCAUGUCGGCCAUCACCGGUCCGGGUGGCGGUGUAAGUGGCUACGGUGUGACCGGCCCUUACGCUCCUUCGCCGCAGACGGCUGCUCGCAACCCUCAGCUGCGCCGUGGCAAGUCGAUCCUCGGCCGCGAGGAGGACAAGGUCGAAAGUGGUAUCCACUUCUUGCGCCGCGGUGUGAGUAUGCGCCGCACGGCGCCCGGCAACCCCGAUCUCGCCAAGACGCCACACGAGGGCGCGGCGAAGGAGGCCGGCUUCUUUGACAACAUCGCGCCGGGUCCCGUUGGCCCUUGGAUGAUCUACUGUUGGCUGCUUACGAUCUGUAUCCCUGGCGCAUGUCUCAAGAUGGUUGGUAUCAAGACGCCCGAGCAGCAGCGUGCGUGGCGUGAAAAGAUGGGUCUGGUCGGUAUUAUCUGUGUCUGCAUGGGCUUUGUUGGUUACAUCACCUUUGGUUUCACUCAGACGGUUUGUGGUACGGACCAGCGCUACAGUCUGUACUCCAUGCAAAACGACAAGGACAAGACUGGUAUGAUGAACCUCUACGGCAAGUCCUACGACAUGAACGACUUUACUCACACGCCCGUCCCUCAAUUCCCUGAUCUGAAGCAGCCUGUCUGGACCGACCGGUAUGAUAUCAGUCGUUCGUACGUUAACCUGCUUUUCCCGGUUACCGGCGAGUCAUGUGAAGGCAUUAUGCAGCCGGUCAGGAACUCGAACCCUCCCCGCUAUUUCCAGUGCAUGGUAAUCCACUCCAACUCGUCGGGUGACUCGCCCGGAUUCAACGACGAUGCUGCUUGCCACAGCAUGUCCGUCACCAGGAGUCUGCUGAACAACAAGGUACCGCAUGCUCCCAUGUUGGGCAAUGUCUUUGUUCCUUGGCAAAACAUUUCCGACCCGAAGCAAAACCUCAUGAUCUGGCGUGGAAGUGUGAUUGAUCUAAGUAUGCUCAAGUACCUGGACCCGACGGUGAACGCUCCUGAGCUGUUCAACUACAUGAAGAAUCGCAAUGAUACAUGGGCGGGCAAGGACGUGACGGCCAUGGGUAUGCGUGGAAAGUACACCAAGGAAUUGGACUGUCUCGCUCAGGUCGCUCGUGUGGCCUACAUCGAUGCUGCAUCUACCGGUUGUAUUGCGUCGCAGGUCGAACUGGUCCUGUCGAUGAUUUUCAUUGUCGGUGCUGUCGGUAUCAAGUUCUUGAUGGCCUUGUACUUUGCCUGGUGCAUUUCGUGGCGUCUCGGCAACUACGACAACGAGUCGUACGCGGAGCGCAUGCGGCGUGUGGCUGCAAUUGAAAACUGGACCGAUGAUAUCUAUCGCCCGGCCCCGGCUGGCUACCGUCCGAACGUGAAGAAGUCGAUUCUUCCGACCACCAGUCGUUUCACGGCGACCAACUACCCCAAGCAGCCGCAAAAGCAGUCCGCACUCGAAAAGAAGAUUGCCGCUGCGCGCCGCAAUGUUCAGGGCCCGUACAUGUCGCCGCCGCAGUCGCCGAUGCUCACGGGCGGCCGCAGCUCGGCGUCGCUUGGCCAGUCGGCCUCGUUCACGAUGCCCUCUUCGCAGUCCGGCCGCUCGUCGUUCUCGAACAAUGGCGACUCGCCCUGGGGCCCUUGUCCGUUCCCGCUCGACAAUGUGGUGCCUCAGCCGCCUGCUGACUUCCGUCCGUUCAACUUCCCACUAGCGCAAACGAUCUGUCUGGUUACGGCCUACUCGGAGUCCUUCGAGGGUCUGCGUACGACGCUGGACAGUCUUGCGACGACGAACUACCCCAACAGCCACAAGCUGCUCCUGGUCAUUGCGGAUGGUAUUGUCAAGGGUGCCGAGUCGGAUAUCUCGACGCCCGAUAUCUGUUUGUCGAUGAUGAAGGAGCUGAUUGUGCCUGCGGAAGACGUCGAGGGUAACUCGUACGUGGCCAUUGCCGAUGGUGCGAAGCGCCACAACAUGGCCAAGGUCUAUGCCGGUUUCUACGACUACGACGACCAGACAGUUGAGCGUUCGAAGCAGCAGCGUGUGCCGAUGAUCCUGAUCGCCAAGUGUGGUACGCUGAUGGAAAUGGACAGCGCCAAGCCCGGUAACCGUGGUAAGCGUGACUCGCAAGUGCUGCUCAUGGCCUUUAUGCAAAAGGUGCUCUUUGACGAGCGUAUGACGCAAUUCGAGUACGAGUUCUUCAAUGCGAUCUGGCGUGUGACGGGUGUUACGCCCGAGCAAUACGAGAUUGUGCUGAUGGUGGACGCCGAUACAAAGGUCUUCCCCGACUCGCUGACGCGUAUGACGGCCUGCAUGGUGGAGGAUCCCGAGAUCAUGGGUCUCUGUGGUGAGACCAAGAUUGCCAACAAGGCCCAGACGUGGGUGACCAUGAUCCAGGUGUUCGAGUACUACAUCUCGCACCACCAGACCAAGGGUUUCGAGGCUUGCUUCGGUGGUGUGACGUGUCUGCCGGGCUGUUUCAGUGCCUACCGUCUCAAGUCGCCCAAGGGCCCUCGUGGCUUCUAUGUUCCGAUUUUAGCCAACCCCGACAUUGUCGAGCACUACUCCGAGAAUGUUGUCGACACGCUUCACAAGAAGAACCUGCUGUUGCUUGGUGAGGACCGUUACCUCACGACGCUCAUGCUCAAAACGUUCCCGAAGCGCAAGAUGAUGUUCAUUCCCUCGGCUGUGUGUAAGACGGUGGUGCCCGACACGUUCAAGGUGCUGCGUUCGCAGCGUCGUCGCUGGAUCAACUCGACGGUGCACAACCUGUUUGAGCUGAUCCAGGUGCGUGAUCUGUGUGGUACUUUCUGUUUCUCGAUGCGCUUUGUCGUGUUUAUGGACCUGGUCGGUACGCUGGUAUUGCCUGCCGCCAUUGCCUUUACGUUCUAUGUCGUUGCGUCGGCCAUCAAGGUCAGUAUUACCAACCAGGGCAAGCGGGAGGAGGAAAAAGAAGAGUUCCCGACCAUUCCCCUUGUUCUUCUGGGUCUCAUUCUGGGUCUGCCCGGUGUGCUGAUUGUCGUGACCAGUCGCCGCUUCAUGUAUGUGCUGUGGAUGCUUGUCUACCUGAUUUCGCUUCCGAUUUGGAACUUGGUCCUCCCUGCCUACGCCUACUGGCACAUGGACGACUUCUCGUGGGGUGCGACGCGUGUCGUGCAAGGCGAGAAGAAGGGCGAUAGCCACGGCGACGCCGAGGGCCAGUUCGAUGCCUCGUCGAUUGUCAUGAAGCGCUGGGCCGAGUACGAGCGCGACCGCCGCUUCCGUGGCGGCACCGAGUCUCGCGACACGUACGACAUGACGUCUCCUGAGAAUGGUAUGAUGCGCUUCUCGUCGAUGUCGUCUGACGCGCCGUCGAACGGUCUCGAGCAGCUCCCUCGUGCGAACCUCGGUGGCGCGGGCGAGGAGGCGCGCUACCCUGCGCGCCAACGUCUCGAUUCGGUGCCGCUGCUCGAGCUUCCUGCGCCGCUCGGCCCCGAUGCAAAUGGACGCCCUCGCCAGGGCUCGGGCACCAUGUCGCCAACGAGUGGCCCGCUGUCGCCUACGAGCGGUGCCAUGUCGGCCCUGCGUCCUGGCGCGGCCUCGCCGCCGCACUUGCAGCCGUCGAGCUCGUUUGGCGGUGCCCCCCGUCCUCCGUUUGGCGCCCCGCCCACCGAUUCUUCGAUGCAGGCGCGUCAGCACCUCUUCGGUGCUGGUGCGGCUCCGAUGCGUCCUCCUGCGGCCAGCGGCUACGCGUCUCCCCCGCCCCGCCCUGCGGCUCCCUCUGGAUACACGAACAUUCGCCCCCCGCCGCCCGGCGCCUAUAGCGCGCGUCCUGGCUCGGGCAGUGCGACGCCCCCCCCGCGCCCGCCGCCCGGUGCCAGCUACACGCCCCCCCCGCGCCCUGGUGGACCGCCAGCGAACUCCAGCCCGACGAUGCGCCCUGUUGGUGCACCCGCGCGUCCUGGAGCGCCGCCGCCCGCGAUGCGCCCUACGAUCCCCAACCCUGUGCGUCCCGGCACGCCGCCGUCGAUGCGCCCUACAAUCCCUCCCUCUGUGCGCCCCGGCACUCCUCCGUCGAUGCGCCCAGUGGAGAGCACUGCAAACCUGCCGAGCAGCGUGCAGCGCGUGAGCCUUGUGGACGAUGGUCCUGUUGCCGACUCGGGUGGUAUCCGCCAAGUUGUGCGUGGCUCGCGGCGCCAAUCUCUGCAGCCAGGAAGCCUGCAGCUUCCUCCCUUCGAUGCUUCGUUCGGCGGAAGCCCCUUUGACUCGAGCAAGAAGUAA